AUGGUUAAUUCCGUUUCCAGGUGUCCAACGCCCGACGAGCUUUUCCUGGACGAGGAAGUCAUUCCGAACGACUCAGAAGUCUACGGACCGCCGUCGUCUAUGCCCUGGCUGCCGUCCCCGCUCAGCAUCAAGCUGGUCAGGCCACCAACAAGGGAUGUGUUCCAAAUGAUCUCAAACAGCUUCGCCAUGCUGAUCUUCCUCUACGUCAUCUACGUGAUCCCGCUCAUAGCUUCCAGUGAUGAUGAUCAAACCUUCCGCUUUGACUUCGACUCGCAUCCAUACAGCAGUCUGUACGAUCAGGCCUACUACACAAGCUCUACCAUGUGAAAUGGUAGAGCUCGAGACAUGCAAAGCAAAUGCAGACGAGACAAUCCUGGAAAAUGGGAGUUGGUGUUCACCUGAGCUGCGGCUGCUCACACCUCAAGGCAUCAUCCGUUGGACGACACUUGAUUCGAGUUAAUUAUCAGUGCAGGAAAAUGGAGUAGUGCAUAGAACACUAGCUUGCAUUUGCUGAUUGAGGUCAUUUUGGACAUGCUGUGAUGUUGCAACAAUUUACUGGAAGAUGACUUUUUUUUAUGUCAACAGGCUUCUCUGAAGUGAUAUGUCAAAGAAGCCAAAAAAAAGUGUGUACAUUGACAUUCUAUUUCUGCAUCCUGUAACAUUCUCUUGAAAAAUUGUACUUUGAAAGGGUUUUCAAAAUUAAAGUGUAUUUCUGUGUCA